GUCUCAGAUAUCUAUGAACUUCUCUUGUUAAGCGUCGUCAUGUGGCAGCGAACGUCAGAUAUCGAUGCUAACGAGACAGGGCGCUUAGCAUAAGAGCUAACCGUAAUACGUAAUUUUAAAUUAUCCAGUUCAGCAGACCUACUAUGUCCAUAAAGGCGUCCCCCCUUUGCUGUGAGGCAGAUGCCUCCAAAGGGCAAGGUAGUAGCAAAAGGCCGAGCACCAGCUAAAAGGAAGCUGGCAGAGGAGUUCCCACCCGGAGAGGUCCUGACAGACACCGGGAAGAAGGCCUGGAAGCUGGGGGCUCCAGUCGGCCAGGGGGGCUUUGGUCUCUUAUAUUUGGCUGAUGAGGAUUCUGCAGGACCUGUAGGAGCGGAUGCUCGCUAUGUCAUCAAAGUGGAGCCCAGUGACAAUGGACCACUGUUCUCUGAGCUCAAGUUUUACAUGAGAGCUGCUAAGCCUGAUCUGAUUCAGAGCUGGAUGAAGUCUCACAAAUUGAAAAGUUUGGGAGUUCCCAGGUACUGGGGCUCAGGCCUGCAUGAGAGAGGAGGGAAGAGAUAUAGGUUCAUGGUUAUUGACAGGCUUGGCACAGACCUGCAGAAGAAGUUUGAAGAAUGUGGAAGGAGGUUCCCCAGAAAACUGGUCCUGCAGCUCGGUCUUCGACUGCUUGAUAUUCUGGAGUACAUCCAUGAACAUGAGUAUGUGCAUGCUGACAUUAAGGCAUCCAACCUCAUGCUGAGCCAAAGUGAUCCAAACCAGGUUUACUUAGUAGAUUAUGGACUGGCAUAUAGGUAUGCACCGGAUAGUGUCCAGAAAGAGUACAAGGAAGACCCCAAGAGAUGUCACGAUGGUACCAUAGAGUUCACAAGCAUUGACGCCCACAAAGGAGCAUCUGCAUGUAGGCGGAGCGAUCUGGAGAUCCUGAGUUACUGCAUGGUCCAGUGGCUGUGUGGACGUCUACCCUGGGAGGACAAGCUGCAGGACCCCAUCUAUGUCAAAGACUCCAAAAUCAGGAGUCAAGAAAACAUCUCUGAAUUCAUGACCAAAUGUUUCUCCCCUCAAGACAAACCAGAUGAGAUCCACAGAUUCAUGGAGGAGGUUAAAUCUCUGGGAUACCAAGACAAGCCAUCAUAUGAUAAGUUGCGCUCCAUUCUGCAGGCUGGACUGAAGGCUAUGCAGACUAAAGAUAAUGGCAAGCUGGAGUUUCCUCCUGUCAGUGGAGCUGUGUCACCUCCUGCCCGGAAGACCACCAAGAGAAAGAAAGCAGCAGCUGAAGCAGAAGAGAGUGAGGCUGAUGGAAGUCCCAUCAAGAAAAAGAAAGUUACAAAGAAAAGAGAAACGAAUCAAGUCAAGAAAAGUCUCAAAAAGACUCCAAGACAAGUGAAGGUACCCAUCAACCGUAACCGCCAAACCAGACUGGUGGAGGUGGGCACCCAGACGUCACCAGGACUUGCCCAGAAAUCCAGAAGCAGAACCAAGAACACCAUCUCCUAAGCAUCCAUCUGGGUUUAAAUUCCUCCUUCCAUUCUCCUGUCUGUCCUCUGCUCCUUAAAAACAAAACAAAACACUUUUUAUCACUUUUUCUUAUUUCUUUUUUUUAGUUGCAUUUUCUGUCUGCUAUGUGUGGUGAGUUAAAAAUAAAGAGACUGUGAGAAAAGAG